AUGUCUUCGUGUCAGCCGCCUUCCGGUGAGCUUCCCCUGGAGCAGAUGAUGAGCCUCCCGCUGCCCCUGGUGGAGAUCACAGAGGCGGAUUGUUCACACCUCCAGCAGAUAAUCCAGGAAAACCAGGGGCCGCACGAUACAGUCGUGGUUUCCCCGAUCACCCCAGCUCAGGCCAUCGACCUGUCCGCCUCCAGCGAGGCUCACGACUGUCAGGUAAUGCCCGCAGAGACCCCUCUGUCUCAUGGGGUGGUCCCAAACUCCGUGCUGGCCAGAAUCGGAGAUGAAGAAAGCUCCCCCACGUCGCCUAGAAGAACAUCUAAGCCGAGGAAAUCCGUCUCAUCUGCCAAAGUGUGCUUGGAGAAAAGAUUCAACACUCUGUCUGUUGAUAACACAACACAGCAAGACAUCCACUCUGUAGUUUUCAGCAGGUUGUUGCCCUGGUUGAACCGAACCAGCACCAGCAUUUUACUUUCCCCAAGACUUUCACAUGUUAAUUUCCAUCCAGAGAGGGUUGUUGCAAAAACUUCAAGCAGCAAUAAUACAGCACAAGAGGAUGCGGCCUCCAGGUGUUAUUCCGUCCCCCUCCACUUUGAAAUUGCUACAGCUGCAAAAGAUGGCCCCAAUUCAUCCAGGCGGUCCAGGAGCAGAGUCAGGAAAGGAACUCAACCUUGUAUGUCAAUCAGCCAGCGCAAGGAAAUGCACAACAGCAAGGAGAGGGAACGUAGGAGGAAAAUCCGCCUUUGCUGCGACCAGCUGAACACGUUGGUGCCGUUCUGCGACUCAAACUCAGACAAAGUGACCACCCUGCAGGGGGCCGUGGCCUUCCUGAGAUACAUCAGUGAGACGUAUGGGGACGCCCUGAAAGAGGAGUUUCUGGUGUUUUCCCACAGGAAAGCCCUGCUGCUGAAGUCCGGCUCUUCUUUUAGUCUGGGCCCGAUCCUGGAGGAGGUGAACGGCACACACGGCGUCCCUCUCGGAGUUGAGCAGUGA